AUGGCAACAAUCGAAAACACCAUUGCUCGCCAGAAUGAAUUGUUCGGUCUGAUUUCUCGCGCAGUCGAAAAUCUUCAUAAACUUGGACCGACAAAAACAACUCGUGGAGCAGUGCAAAGUCGCGUGAGCGCACUCAAGGCUAAUUGGGAAAAAUUCCAGAGUUUUCAUAAUAGCUUGUGUAAAGUGCGGAACCCCGAAACUGCAAAGCUGCCGUAUUUCGUCGACGACCUCCGUGCCUUGUGCGAAGAGAAAUACAUCGAUGCGAACGGCAUCAUGCUUGACAUGUUAGAUGAGCUCGCGCCGGAAUGGAGAUUGGAAAAAACACUCGGCGCGACAACUACCGCGCCUUCCUUCGCCUAUUUAGAAACCUUUCUCGUUGGACGCGUGCAUACUCUUGAAGCUAUCGAAAGAUCCACGACCUCACGUAAACAUCCAGCGACAAAUAUGACACGACCUCAACAAAACGCAAAAUCAUACGCUACCACCACCGCCGAACAGCAGUGUGCGUUGUGUAAUUUAAGCCAUUAUAUUUCGGCGUGUCCGAAAUAUCUUGAGAAGACUCCCGUUCAACGACGCGAGACAGUUUCAUCGAAAAACCUCUGUUAUAACUGUCUCGGUCCUCAUCAUUUGAAAAGCUGUCGUAAUGCAAAGCGCUGUCGUGUCUGUCGCAAGCAACAUCACUCAACGCUACGUCUCUCAUCAAACGAACCGGUAGCCGCAAUAAUGCCGGGGUCGCCGACUGCCUCGAUUCCGUCGACCUCGCACAUUGGACUCACCUCCACGCAUCUCGCGCAAGCCGACGGACAAGAAUCAACGCUUCAAGCAUGCAGUCAUGUGACACAAUCGCGUAUAAUUCGAAGUACGUCAGUACUGCUCGCUACCGCUUUCGUUACCGUCGUCUCACCAUACGGCGAACGUUAUCAAGUACGCGCGUUGCUUGAUCAAGGAUCGGAGGCAUCAUUUAUCUCCGAAUCCGUCGCACAAAUCUUAAGACUCUCACGCACUUCAGCUGCAAUUCCAAUUUUUGGGAUCGGUGCUCAGCGAUCCAGUGUCUCUAACGAAUGUGUCUCUUUGGAAAUUAUCUCACGCGUCAAUUCGGCAUUAUCUCUAAAGAUCGAAGCUGUUGUGUUGCCAAAACUCACCUCUUAUCUGCCACCUGCAGUUAUUGUGAAUGCUCAGUGGCCUCAUAUCCAUGGAUUGGCGCUUGCAGAUCCGAGCUUUGCAACGCCAGGAAAAAUUGAUCUGAUUCUCGGCGCAGGUGUUUAUGCGCAAAUUCUCGAAAACGGCAUUUGCCGAGGAGCUAGCGGUACGCAAAUCGCUCAGAAAACCACUCUCGGCUGGAUACUCUCAGGACAACUCUACUCUGAGCAUGAUCGCAUCUCAACAGAACAAUCAAUUAAUGGUCUGCAGUGCUUUCUUGAUUGUGAACUUCUCGAUCUGCUCCAAAAAUUCUGGGCUCAGGAAGAAAUCACGCCUGUGCAUAACGUGACGCUCACCCCAAAAGAAUCUCAGUGUGAAGAACACUUCAAGACAACGCAUUCUCGUGACGCGCAUGGACGCUUUAUCGUUCGGUUACCGCUCCGAAAAAACGUAAGUGACUUUGGUGAUUCUCGCGCUCCAGCGCUCAGGAUGCUCCGACGAAUGGAAGCGCGCUUCGUAACGCAUGCUUCUCUCAAGGUAGCCUAUAAGGACUUCCUACGUGAGUAUCUUGAACUUGAUCAUAUGCGUCUCUCAAGUUCUCAUGAUAGUUUGCGACGCGAAUUCUUUCUGCCGCAUCACGGCGUCAUUAAAGAAACGAGCUUGACCACAAAAUUACGCGUCGUGUUUAAUGGAUCGCAGAAAACAAAUCUCGGAAUAUCGUUAAACGACUGCUUGCAUAUCGGCCCGAAAUUGCAGACGGAUCUCAUUGACAUUCUCGUUCGCUAG